AAUAGCAGGGUCGGAUAUUCUUUUUUUGAAGAUGUGAAAAAGGAAACGGAAGAAAUGGACAGGAAGUAUUCAGACGAAAAUUUGUUGGAGAAGAAGGGUGGUCGAGAUGUUAGCCACGGUGAAAGGGAUGAGGUAGGUGGUUCUUCUCUUCAAGAAGGCGUGACAGAUGGGGGUAAUGGCGAGCUUCAUGAGAAGAGACCUGUGAGGAAAAGAAAAGUUGUUAAGGAAGGUGGCGGUGAGUUUGAAAUACCUGCCGGUUUUUCGGGAAGUGGAAGUGACAUUCGGAAACAACACAAUAUUAGAAGCCGUAAAGUCAAAAUAGAAGCUGUGAUGCCGAAAAAGAAUAAGAGGGAUAAGGAGUGUAUUGAAAAUCAAUCCAAUAUGUGCCAUCAAUGACAGAGAAAUGAUAAAGGCAGGGUUGUGAGGUGCACAAAUUGCAAAAGCAAAAGAUUUUGCAUUCCCUGUAUUCAAAAUUGGUAUCCUCAUUUGAAAGAGGAUUGCAUUGCAGAGGCAUGUCCCGUGUGCCGUGGUAAUUGCAACUGCAAAGCAUGCUUGCGAUCUAAUGUACUUAUUAAAGUUAGGUCUUCC